AUGAUUGUAGACAUAGCGGACCGUCUGUAUACAGCAAUACCGAAGGGGGGGCUCACCUCUCUUCAUAUGCUUCUGAUACCUAUUGCUCACUUACCCUCUCUAGCCUACGCUGACUUGGACACACGGAAAGAGGCAGCGGAACUUUUGCUUGCCGCUCGCAAGGCUUUCCACAAACAGAAUCUGGACUUGGUUGUGUACGAGCGGUAUGUUCCGAUGAAGACCACAAAGGCGAUGCACUGUCAGCUGCAGCUCAUUCCCUGCGACCGUUCUCAGGCCCUGCAAUCGGGGGAGUUGUUUGAGAAGCUUCCUAGUUCGUCGGAUAUAACUGCGCUAGCAGAGCUGGCAAAGGACCCAAAUGUGGGGUAUUUCUAUUUGGAGUUACCGGGCGUCUGCACCGCGCGGGGUCAGUCAAUUGAGCGGUACUUGCAUGUACAGUCAGGGAGAGAUAGCGGGAAGAUUCCGAUGAACUUCGGCAGAGAAGUUAUGGCGGAGUUGUUAGGAGAGAAGGAUAAAGUCAACUGGCAGAGUUGUCUUGUACCCAAGGACCAAGAGGAGAAGCUAGCUGCUGCGCUCCGUCAAAUUGUGACUACCAACUAG